GCCAAAAAUAAAUGACCCACGAGGAUGCUAAAGUAUAAAAGCCGGACUGUUAACGCAGGUUACUCACAAUUCACUCGAUACAAACGGAGAAAUAUCCUGUGCACUUCUGCUUUAGAGAUCAUGAGGCUCAUUUCCACAGCCAUUUGUAUCGUGGUGCUCGUCGCCUCUACGGUGGACGCACACGCCAUUCCCGAAGAGGAGUCCAACCUUGAAGCAACAUUCGACAGGGCGGCCAAAUGUGCCACUCAAGAUGCUGUUUAUGUGGGUGAGAUCCUGCGAGAAGUGGCCCAGACCCUAGCUGAGGACGAGGACAUUAAUUCUGAGAGCGAUGAGUACUUUUUGCGUGCUCUGUGGGAGAAAACAAAGGACGCUUUAAAAAACGCCACUGAAAAGGUGAAAGUGACCGUAAAAGGCGCCUACGACAAUGCCAAAGGCCACAUCACAAAAGCCGCUGAGGACGCCAAGAAGAAGAUCCAAGACAAGGCAGCCGAGAUCAUCUCCAAGUUGUUAACCAAAGUUACGAGUGGCUAUGCCGUGGAAGAUUCUGCCAAUCAUGGCAACUUUAUCAAGAUGUUUGUCGGUGUCGUCAUGCGAGCUGCCGAGCGAUUCAUGAAAAUGGGCAAGGCUUUGGAAAGCAUUCAGAACUGAUGAAAAUAAAUAAGCUUAACUGCGAAACUCAUAAAGAA